AUGCUGGGUGUGUUGCGUGGGGUUCACGGCAAGAUCGUGCUUAGCAUUGGCGCGGUAUUCAUGAAUGGAAUGAUGGCAUCAACACUUCAAUGCUUCGUCUACCGACAUCAUGUUUUAUUGAAACCCGGCAGUAAGCUGCGCUUCUCGAAAGGGAGAUAUAUCCGUUUUGCCCUCUACCACUACUUGAGUCCAACUAUAUGGUUUUUGUGCGGCUCCUUGACAGCGCCACUGGAGGCCGGUCCUGACUCGGAAAUUUUGCGGAAGACUAUCAGAGAAGAUUCUAGCCUAGCAUAUAUGGCCUCCUUGAAUUCUUUUUACAUCAUGGAUCGUCGCGCCUUGUAUCCACCAUACCUCGAAGUUUCCAGCGGGAUGCUGAUGGCGACGGCCAUCCUGGCAGUUAUUGUUUACGGCGUGAUAGUGACGGGUUUGAUCGUUUGGCAUUGUUUCGCUCUUCUUAAUGAUCAGCACUCGCUGAUGAGCACCAGGACGAAGCAGAUACACCGCAGAUUUUUGCACGUGUUGUUGAUCGGGGUGACGAUCCCAAUUGCUACCAUGGGUUUACCGUAUAUCGGUGUGCUAAUAAUGGUACUGAUCCGGAUCCGCUUUCCCCAAUGGCUAACCAACCUCCUGGUAGGCACCCAGGCGGCACACACAACCUUAACAUCAUUUGUAUUAUUAUCAGCCACGCCUUCCUAUCGAAGGUAUAUCAUUGGGAUGGUGUCUGGAUUCUUCGGACGCCCACCACAACGUGACAAAUCUCGGCAUGCAAGGCUUUCGAUUGUCGUACCCGCAAGGAGCGAAUACGGAUUUGAA